AUGAACGAAUUUCCGCCUCGGCGGCCUGAUUUUGUCUAUCCUGGUGCCGCACUGAAUGGACCGCGCGAGAUCAGAAUAUUGGAGAUUCAAGACGGAAGCUGGGAUGAGGAAAUCAAAUGUGUUCUCUCUAUCCAGACAUUGUAUGCGAGUCCCGACUUCGACAUACCUCUCACGUACACCGCGCUGUCUUAUACCUGGGCAACAUGGGCAAACCACAAGACCAUCUCGCUGAAUGGCCAGAGUGGCUUCCCCGUCACGGCCAACCUCUGGAAUGCCCUUCGAGAAUUUCGCGCUGGAAAAUCCCCUUUGAUUGGGAAGAUGUGGAUUGAUCAGAUUUGUAUCGAUCAGCAAACGUCGGAGCGAAACGAUCACGUGAAAAUCAUGGGUGAGAUUUAUCAGCAAGCUUCGCGGGUUCUCGUUUGGCUGGGAGUCGGCACAAAUGAUGGACGAAGUGGAGAAAGCAAGUCUGAUACGAAGAAGAACACUGAGUAUCUUCUACGUGCUGUUACUCAGACUAGCCCACCUUGGUGGACACGAGCAUGGGUGGUCCAGGAGUUCGUGAUGGCCCGUCAAGAACCACUCGUAGCAUUCGGCCCUGCCAUCGUGGAGUGGGAUGAACUCUGGGAGCUCAUCUCAAAACUUCCCAGGACUCCCCACCAGGACUUACAUGUCUUUGCCAGAUUCGUUCGAAAGCUCACAAGUCUUCGAUAUGCGAAACGGCGGAGUGUUAGUCUGACCAGUCUCGGAUGGCUCUCCCGCUUGACGGCAUCUCUAGAUCCCAAAGAUAAAGUGUACAGCAUGCUCAAUCUCAUCUCUGAUGAAGAGCGAGCUGGGAUUACAGUUGACUAUGCGAGGAGCAUUCGUCAUGUAUAUGCAGAGGCGACCUACGCUGCAAUCUGUGCAAGCGAACGACUUGAGAUUCUGAGCUUGGUCACAACGCCAUGUGCUGGUCAAGACUUGAACCUUCCCUCGUGGACAGUGGACUUCACAUUCGCAUCGUCUAAUCAGAGAGCUCCAUCAUGGACGCAGCCUCGCAAUCGCUCGAGCGUUCUUGAUGAAUUCUCGGAUGGGAGUAGGAUGGCGUCGGACAUGUAUGAGUUUCGCAGACUGUUCAAUGCCGUGCCAUCGUUUUGGUUCAUGCAACGGGAGGUGACCACGAAGGAUACCUGUAUCGCGAACAUCGAGGCUGGAACUCUCACGUUGAGCGGAUACAAGUUUGACCGGAUCGAUACAGCUCAUCGCCUUGCGAGGCCCAAGAAAUUCUUCUCGCUUGCUACCUUAUUAAGCGUUCAACGCUUAUGGAGACUUUCUUGUAACCUGGCAGGCAAGUUCCAACGACGAUUCAAACCAUUACCACCUUUAGAACAGAUCGAUCUGCUCCGUUCAGAUGAACGCACUUUCUGCAAGGAAAUCCUAGAUACGCCCGAUCCCUACACCAGACUUCACCCAGAAGCCUCCCAACCUCCCUCCCCCUCAAAAGUCAAAAACCACGCUUUCUCCCUGGACGAGAAGACCGCUUUCCUACUCAUCCGCUGCUGGACCGAGAAACAUGGAAGACAGACCGAAUUGCCAGCUUACAGAAAAACUCUCUACGCUCUCGAUCUCUGGAAGACAUAUUUUGAAUUCCAGGCCGCGAAUCCCAAUACUGAAAAGACACUUUUCGUUACUGAAGGUGGGUUUUUGGGAUAUGGUCCUAGCCAUGUGCGAUCUGGAGAUAUUGUGGUGCUUCCGAAUGGUAGUGCUGUUCCGAUUCUAUUGCGGCCUACUGGGGAUGGGGAGUGGAGGUUUUUGGGUUUUGUGUAUGUUACGGGCAUUAUGAAGGGUGAGCUUGCUGGGUUGUUGGAGGUGGGGGAGGGAUUAGUGGAGAGGGAGUUUGUGCUGGUGUGA